UAUACUGUCGAGCGCACCGAGUCUCGAGCCAUGCUGCGCUCCUCGGGCGUAGCUAUCGCUUGCUCGCGCGCCCCGUGAAUCCGUUUAUCUUCCACGCGGUUCUACGCGAUGCGUUUGAGAUUGCGGAUUACGUUCGUGUGAUCGAUACUACGGGAGAUAUCAUCGGUCGCUGGCCGUGGUAUCGCACAAAUCUCGAGGAAUCAUGAAGACGGAAGUGGAAGACAUGACGAGUGACAGCGUCUGCGAAGGCACCGGUUCGAGCCUCGGUGCUCCUGAAACCACUGGCGGUUUGAUAGGACCGGAAAUGUCAUCGAGUGUGAUGGAGUGUGGCGGCUGCGGGGAACGUGUACGCGAGCGUACCGUUCUCUGCGUCGGCGGUCGAACUUGGCACUCAAGGUGUCUGAGAUGUUGCGCUUGUGCCAGGCCACUACACGAUCAACACUCCUGUUUUCUAAAAGGAAUGCGCCUCUACUGCAAGCACGACUACGCGCUAACAUUCGGCGCUAAGUGUGCAAAAUGUGGACGUAGCGUAGGAGCUGGAGAUUGGGUAAGGAGAGCUAGGGAAAGGGUAUAUCACCUAGCCUGUUUUGCUUGUGAUGCCUGUUCCCGUCAACUCUCUACAGGUGAACAGUUCGCUCUCUUGGAUGCCAGAUUGCUCUGUAAGGCACACUAUCUCGACGUCGUCGAAGGAAAUAAUACUUCUUCCGAUGAAGGCGGUGACUCCGAAAGUGGCCACAAGAACGGUAACAAGGCGAAGAGGGUGAGGACCACCUUCACCGAGGAGCAGCUUUCGGUUCUGCAAGCGAACUUCCAAUUGGACAGCAACCCCGAUGGCCAAGAUCUGGAGAGGAUAGCGCAUGUGACUGGACUCAGCAAAAGAGUUACGCAGGUUUGGUUCCAGAAUUCUAGGGCGAGGCAGAAGAAGCAUCUGCACACAGGCAAAAUGAAAGGGCAACAUGUUCAUCAAUCACCUCCGAAUUCCACUGCCGCUACGGGCGAUUUCAGUCGGCAUAUCAAUUUACAUCUGACUUAUUCCUUUCAACAUCAGCAGCAACACCAUCAUGGCCAGCAACAACCGCAGCUCAGCCCAGCUACGUGCAAGAGUCCUACACCUUCGAUUUAUCAUAAUCACGGUCUACUUUCAAUCGCAACCCCGUCAACUCUGUCUUCAGGCUCGGAACAAUCGAUGGACGAACUCUCGCAGGAUUCGAUGAUGUUGUCGAUGCCGAACGAAGUCUAAUCUCCGCUGCUGAAUUAGCAGUAUUGUAAAUAUUCUCAUUAUCGAGUUAAAGUUUAUUAUAACAUAAGUCCACGAUUCGGUGAAAGCGAUAGUCCCCUCUGUUUAAUUUAAUUUAUCAACGAUAAUCAAUAGCCUCAACGUCAGUGUCGUAAUUUAAUCUUGAAUCGUGCUGGCUUCUGGCCAAAGUUCUUGAAUCGAAUGGACGUUUUCUUUGGUACACUUAAUGUUUGAUUUUUCAACAGCGCUGUUGAUUCACGACCGAAAAUGAAAAUGCUCGCAGUGAAACAAUGCGAUUCAAGUCCCAAAGUCUCUUUAGGAUAUGCCACUUUUCUGAAACGUUAAUUUUCGCAAAUCAUUUUAGUAUAAUGUGAUCUGCAAUUGUACUUGUCUGGUUGAUUAAUUCUUUAAAGAGUCUUCUGGUUGAGAAUUGUGUGAUUUUAUAAAAUCUACGUGUCUGAUAUAAUACAACAAUGUGAAUAAUUAUAAGCUCAAUGAAAUUUUGAAAAUUUUAAAGGGAUUUACUAUCGCCUACAAAAAUCAAAGCGUCCAUUAAAAUAUUAUUAAGAAAUUGCCGUUUUCAAAUUUUUCGUAAUAAUAGUAAUAAUCAUCGGACAAUGUAUAUACUCUUGCUUAUUGAGGCAACUGUACAAUAUUGUAAUUACUUUGAAAAAUAUUCUCGUUAUAAUAUUUAAUUAAUGUCUAGUCAAAUAAUUUUGGAAGACCAAUAAAACAGUCUUUCAUAUUUUUUAAAGACUUCAGGAAAACUUAUUUUGAUCCUGUAAUUAUUCACGUUACAAAAUUUGAAUUGAUUUUAGUAAAAUGUAAAGUAUAUUACUAUAUUAAAAAUCUGCCAUCAAAUAUACGUUCGACGUUAAAAUCAAAUAAACAGAAUUUAUUUGUCGCACGAUUGAACAAAUAAUAAAAGUUUUGACCGAUAUUAAUGGUUGAUGAAAAAGUUAGUGAAACACUUUAAAGAAUUAAUUUUCCAAUUUUUUUCAGCUACGUAUUUCAUAUUUUCCGACGAUACGUUAGGAAAUUGCGGAAGUGUACCGAAAUGUUUUGUAUUAUUUAAAUCGAAAUCCGCCCAAAAUGUUAAUCGAUAACGAUAUCAGCAAAAUCGUAGAUGGCGCCAAUUUUUAAGACUGGAUGGCGGCACAGCUCCCUCGCACUUGGUGUCAAGCUUAUUAUAAAUAAGUGAUAUACAAUUUAACAUUCCAUGUUAAGCGUGAACACGUCCGCCAUGGUGGAAGUGAGUUGUAUGUACAUGUGUUAAUGCAUCGUUAACUAUUUGUCUUUAAUCGUAAACUUGUGUUAAUUCUUCUUAAAUAUUAAUUAAACUACGAACGUUCAUGGAAAUUCACAGUUUUACAGAGCAGCUAAAGAAACAUUGACGAUACAAAAGGUAAAUUCCUUCAUUAAUAGUUUUAUUCUGCUUAAAAUUGGAACACAGCUUUAACUCUUUGCGGUCGAAUAUCGCCGCAAUGGCGACUUCGAGCCUUGAUAACUGAAAUUGAAAACUGCAAAUGAAUAAUUUCAUUAUACAACCAACGAGACACUGACAUGUGGUUCUUUUCGAUUUUACUAUUCAAAACUUCGAUGCAUCAUUCAGCUUUUUAUGAAAAGAAAUGUUAGAAGUUUAAGACAGUCUCAUCCGCAAAGGAUUAAUAACAAAACAUUACAAUUUUUAAUAUAUUACACUCAACACAUUUGUAUUCUAUAAUCGAAACAUCAUUAAUGUCAUAUUACUUUGCCAGGGUGUCUCGUAACUGCUGAUGCAAAGGGUAAAGAGUUAAUUCUAUAUGAAAAAUAAGUUGGAAAUUUCGAACAAACUUGUUCUAUUCAAAGCUUCCUUUCUUGAAAAAAUUGAAAUUGUAUAUUUUUCGAAGUUACAUGCACAUAGCUAUCGAGAAUACUUUCCCAUUAAUUGUAUCAUCAGUAUUUAAUUAUAA